CAUUAGUGUUUCAUGGCUGUUAUGCAAACCAGUAGGCAAAUGGGGAAAGGAGAGAGGGAAGGCCGUUAAUCCACUGCAAACACACAUCAAACACACGUCGGUCCUGCAUCAUCCUGGAAGGACUGUCAUUACACUAAAGCUCCUCAGCUCCUUCAAAAACAUGGGGGUAAUUGACGGCAUCAAGGACAACAUGUCCAAGGCGGUGUUCACUCCUUCGACCCUGCUGUCUGGACGAGGUGCCCUGCACAUGGCUGAGAUCCUCUUGUGUCUGGUCACAUUUGUCCUGGCUGCUUUCAGAGGAGGGAGCAGCCAUACCUACUGGAACUAUGCAAUGUUCACCUGGGCGUUCUGCUUCAUCAUGACCCUCGUCAUCACCAUCAUUGAAAUGAUGAAGCUCGACAUCGUCCUCGACCUGUUUUGUAUGGACUGGCCUGACUUCGCCACAGGGAUGGCCAUGUCCUCCGCACUCAUGACCGUUUCUGUUGCCGUCAUCUACGCCAACUUCUAUGCCUGUGCCACAUGUGUGUACGGGUGGGUAGUGACUGUAUUCGCUUGCUUGUGCGGUUUAGUCUAUGUCCUUGAAGUAGUGAAGGACAAAUGUCUGGAUAAGAAGACGGGGACAUACCUGGCUGCUCUGCCUGGAUUCUUUAAAUGUAUGGAGGCCUUUGUGAGCUGCAUCAUCUUCAUAUCACUGACUGGUUACAGAGACAGUAUAGCUCUGAUCCUGUGCGUCGUGGCAUAUGUCAUUCCCUUCCCCAUUCUCCCUGUAAUCAUAGCCACCAACAUCCUCAAGAAAGUGAAGAAACUUUUGCCUUUUAACUUGGACAGGUUUGUGUUUAUAUUUCUGGUGAUCUCUGUGGUGUUGUACAUCUUCACUGCUAUAAUGUGGCCCAUUUUCAUGUUCAGGAACAAUCCACGUCCCAGCGACUGUCCACCCAGCUACUGUGUCUGGGCCAUUCAGUUCAUGGUUGCAUUCAUGACCUAUGUGAAUCUUAUUCUCUUCUCACUGGACCUCAUUUUUACGCUGCUCGGCAUCUGCGGCUUUCGACGCACAUGAAUGUCGUGAUGGUUUCCUUCGAUGAAUAUUCUGUGAAAUAAUUGAAAAUGACAUUAAACCUGUAUGGACACAGAUGAAGGCUUAUGUACACUACAU